AUGAACAUCAGCAGAAAGUUCACCCUUAUAGUUUGUCGUGUUGAGUACUUCAACAAAAAGUCACUUCUGGCUCGUCGCAACUGGUAUGCAAAGCAGAGCCCAUUGGCUAAUGCGCAGAGUGUGCAUAUUCCUCGAGUCAAACUUGGAACUCAAGGCCUUGAGGUUUCAAAGUUGGGGUUUGGCUCUAUGAGCUUUAGUGGAGUCUAUAAUGGUCCACUUCCUAAUGAGGAUGGCAUAUCUCUAGCCAACGCUAACCAAGUUUUGCUCGGAAAAGCUUUAAAGCACUUGCCUAGAGAAAAGGUCCAGUUAGCAACGAAAUUUGGCCUUGGAGGAUUGAAUUUUCCCAUUAUACAAGUCAAAGUUACACCAGAGUACGUGCGAUCGUGUUGUGAAGCUAGCUUGAAACGCCUUGACGUAGAAUACAUCGAUCUCUAUUAUCAGCACAGAGUGGACCAAACAGUACCUAUAGAGGAAACAGUAGGUGAACUUAAGAAACUUGUGGAAGAGGGUAAAGUGAAGUAUAUUGGGUUAUCUGAGGCGAGUCCAGAUACAAUAAGAAGAGCACAUGCAGUUUAUCCCAUCACUGCUUUACAAAUAGAGUGGUCCCUAUGGACUCGUGACAUUGAGGACCAGAUAAUUCCUCUCUGAAGGUUAUAUUAAGUUCU